CACCGUACAGCUAACUGCAGCUUAUGCUCCGACGCAGCAACCGCAUCGCAGCACGAGAAGGGCGGGCAGCCGCAGCAGAACAGCAGCUACCUCUGCCCCUCCCCUCUGAGAUGGACACCCAGGGCAACCCCACGGUGGACAAUGCCGCAUCUGGCAGUCCACGGGAGGUGUGCAACUCGAACCCCCCGGCCCCACAGGCCCAACAGGAGGGUUCCACUGCGACUUCUGCGGGAACCCUCGACGCUGCACCAGUCCGGCAGCAAGGAGAGACCAUGACGGCCUUCCUCGCUCGCCUGGGCACCUAUAUGCAGCAUGUCCAAGAAGAGCAGCAACGCGAGGCGGCAGUCGAAGCCGCACGCCUUAAUGCCAUUGCUCACACAGAAGAGCAACGACGCCGGCAGCAAGCUGACACAGCUGCCAACCACAACGAAGCUCGAAGAGAUGCCGCGUCUGUCCUCAUGCAGCAGGAAGCCGCUCAUACCGCCGCACUCCAAGCAUGGCAUGUUGAUCCGGCGGAAACAACGGAACCAACUACGGAGGACCAGACUAAGUCAGCUCUCACCAGCAUGAUGCACCAAGUUAUCCUCACUUGUAACUGGCAACAAGUGGAGCUGGCUCGGCAGGCACGUACCAUUACUGAGAACGAGGAGACUCUCAAGAGCCUCCACGCCCGCCUUGACAUGUUGGAGAAGGAUGACGUGCCGCACAGGCACACGGCAUCGUCAAGCAUCGAUCCACCGAUCCGCGAGCUGGAAGAACGACUGGAUCACAUAGUCGCGCUUGUUGGCAACUUGAACAGUUUCCGACACCCGACGACCAUCAGCCAGCAAAUAGUCGCUCUACAACCGGAUUUGCAUCAACUACAGCAGCAACCAACUGGGACCUGCAACAACGUGACGCCGAAACAAUUCAAGAUGCCGAAGUUCAGCAUCGACAAAUUUGAUGACUACCACAAGGCGGACCCCAUCAGUUGGUGGCAAGGGUUCGCCAAUGAGCUCUCCAUCCACUUGGUCCCGCCCGAGUCGAAGAUCUCAGCGCUUUACCUCUGCAGCACCGGUGCCAGCCAAGUGUGGCUCAACCACCUGGCUCAAACCAAGGGCGUCGAAAUCUCCAAGCUUCACACCAAGAUCACUUGGGAGGCCAUGACUGAGAAGUGGUGGAAACGCUUCAUCGUCGACGACGCGCAGGGCAAAGGCGUGAACCGGAUCUUCAGCAUGCAUCAAGGCAGCCAGCCAACACGCGAAUGGCUAACCGAGUGGCAGAAAAUCGUGACGAUUCCGAAUUUGGACAUCCCAUUUGUACAUCUUCGUCGCGAAUUCUUCCCGCGGCCAGUGGACGAGUUGAGCACGGCCCUUGGGGAGCGCAGCCUGUACACGGACUUUGAGCAGAUCGUGGAGAAGGAGCGCGAAGUCAUCCAAACCAAUCGGUGGGCAGCCAACGAGCGGCAAAGCCAACCGAACUUUGUGGAAAAGGGCAAAAGCCCGUGGCCGCAGCAAGUCGCUGUUGUCCAAGGAAAUGGACAAGAGAACGACCAGGCAAUGACUCACGAGUUUAGUGAAGGAGACGGAGUCAACGCCCUUCCGCCACGACGCAACAACAACAACAACAACAACAACAACAACAACAACAACAAGGCGAAAUCUGCGUCAACAACGGAAGUCGGACAGCCGAACGAGCCUUGGAAGAAGUUCAGCCUCACGGAGGAGCAAUACAAGUUCCGCCAAAGGUGGAACUGUUGCUACUGGUGCAACAGCACCAAGAACACGACGUCGCAAUGCCCUGACAAAGGCAAAGAAGACUCGCAUUGCAACGCCCUAAUGGCGGAGCUACGCAACUACUUGCACGUUGUAGUACCAGCUUCGUUGAUGGAAGACGGAGGAGCGGUUGUUGACCUUCGCGAGUACAUUGCGAAGAUUGAUCGCGAGUACGCCACGCAACGGUACGACGACACCGACGCACCGUUACUCUACGUCCGCAUUCAGAUCGGGAAGGUGACCUACAGUGCCUUGAUUGAUUGUGGAGCUACUCGCAACUACAUCAACCAGGAUUUCAUGACCCGCGCCGGCCUUGGGCUGCGCGUUCGAAGAAAAUCGCAGCCCACGCAAGUCACGUUGGCCGACGGUCGUACGCACAAGUCCAUCGACCGGUGCAGUGACUAUGUCCCCGUGUACUUCGUCCCGCUUGCAGGCAAGGCCGUGUCCUUUGACAUAUUGGACACAAAGUUCAACAUGAUCUUGGGCAUGUCAUGGCUGCGCAGCGAGGACCACCCGGUGAACUUCUACCACCGCACCGUUCACAUUCGUGACCGGAACGCGGUACUUGUGCCAUGUACGGUCCCCCCACCUCAUCCUUCGAUUGGUUGUCACGUGGUCUCCGCGGCAAGCAUUCGCAACUCCAUCGCAUGGAACGACAUGGAGGAAAUGGGCAUUUGUUUCUUGCACACCCUCCCUCCUCCCGACAAGCCAGCGGCGGAACAGCCACCGGAUUCACGCAUUGUACAGCUUCUUGACUCCUAUGGCGACGUCUUUGAAGCCCCCGCCAGAAUCAUACCGAAUCGGCCAAUUCGUCACGAGAUUAUCCUCGAAGACGGGGCCUUACCUCCGCGCGGAUGUAUUUACCGCAUGAGCGAGGAGGAACUCAAAGUGCUUCGAACACAACUCGAUGACCUCAUUGACAAGGGCUGGAUUCGCCCUAGCUACUCGCCCUACGGUGCACCUGUUCUCUUCGUUCAGAAGAAGAACAAGGAGCUGCGCUUAUGCAUUGACUAUCGCAAACUUCAAGCUCAAACCAUUAAGAAUGUCGGUCCGCUUCCACGCAUCGACGAUCUUCUCGAACGCUUGGGCGGCGCCAAGUAUUUCUCCAAGUUGAACCUCAAGGUCGGUUACCACCAGCUCGAGAUCCAUCCAAGAGAUCGAUAUAAAACCGCGUUCAAGACACGGUACGGGCACUUCGAGUGGGUCGUAAUGCCAUUCGGCAUCACGAAUGCCCCGGCCACCUUCCAAGCGGCAAUGACAACGGAGUUUCGUGACAUGUUAGACCGGUUCGUGCUCAUCUACCUCGAUGACAUCCUGGUGUAUAACCGAACUUUGGACGAGCACAUCGUGCAUCUACGUGCCGUUUUGGACAGGCUUCGUACGGCUAAGUACAAGGCCAACCGAGCCAAGUGCGAAUUCGCACAGCAAGAGCUCGAGUACUUGGGCCACUUUGUGACGCCGCAAGGCAUCAGUCCGCUUGCGGACAAGAUCAAGGUCAUCCAAGAUUGGCCAGAACCGACCAACACCACGAAGGUUCGCUCGUUUAUGGGAUUGGCCGGGUACUACCAACGCUUCAUCGGAGGAUAUGCACGGAUUGCCGCACCCCUGUUAAGACUGCAGUCUUCACAGGCACCCUUCCACUUCACCGAUGAAGUCCGCAGUUCGUUCCACAAAUUGAGGACGGCACUGCUCCUCGCCCCCGUCUUAAGUAUCUACGAUCCCACCUUGCCUAUGAGAGUGACAACGGACGCUUCCGGCUACGACAUGGGUGCAGUUUUGGAACAACACGGCGGAGUAGAUUGGCAUCCGGUUGAGUACUUCAGCCAAAAGGUGCCUCCCAUCAACUCAGUUGAUGAUGCGUGGAAGAAGGAGUUGCUCGCGUUCGUCACGGUACUCGAGCGUCGGCGACACUUCCUCCUCGGGCGUCAUAGGUUCACUUGGGUGACGGAUAAUAACCCAUUGACCCUGUGUGUCCAUUCAACUCGCAACGGGAUUUAUUCAACUCCGUUGAACCCGUUGAACGGCCAUCAGGCCCGAGUUGAAUCCUCGUUGAACGGUAUAACGGGGGCAUUCCGUUGAAUUUCGAUCAACGGGUCGAUCGCAAUGGGGCUCGAACACGUGGCGGGACACACGUGGAAUAAAGAAAAGUGAAAAAA